AUGCAGGAAUCUGAUCAUGAUAAAGAAACGUUUGACGUAACAUAUAACCAGAGGAAAUUCAACAAUAAGCACAGAAUUAGAAACAAAUCACUCCCUGUUGCGCCCAAUGUCAAGGAAAUGUUUGAUCCACCAACGAAUGUCUCUGAAUACAUUAGCAGGCUGUGGUUUAGAACUGAUUACUAUUACGAUCGAUACUUGAUAAAUUACCCCGUUGCAUUCUUCAACGGAUCAAUUCACUCCUACUCUUAUAAUCCAAGCCAAUCUUAUAAUAAAACGAGUGGGAAACCUAAGGCAACAACAAAAGUAGACGGUGCAGUUUCUGGCGAAGUUGAUGAUGAUUAUCCAAAAAUCGAAUUUGUUCCGAAGCCUUAUGUCAUCGCCGAGUCUUUAAAGAAGAGAAAUAGUAGCAGACUUCCAAAUUCAUCUGUAUCCGGUUGUCCUGUACUAUCUGGCCUAUUUGUGGACCAAAAUGAAUCUCAAAUAGAAGGCCCGUCUGUCGCAGAUAAAAAUUCAGAUGACAAGGAUAAAGCAGAGGAGGUAUCAGUGGCUACCCCGAGCAAUUCUACCAAAAACAUCUUCUACAAAAUUAAAAUUAGAAGGAAGAAUUCCAAGAAUGAUGUCAGAAACCAUCCAACAUACGGAAGAUAUGACCUUGUUGCACAAGCCAUAAAAAACAUUAUUCCACAACCAAAUUACUUACCUGAUCGAACAAUUGGUCCAAACCUGAUUAGAUUUACUUGGCACUGUUGUGCACACUAUGAUAAGGCUUCAGGUACUGGUGGAUCAAGUGGGGGCACAAUGAGGUUUGCACAGGAGUUCAAUGAUUUAGGUAAUACCGGUCUCACUACAAGUAAAUCGUACUUAGAUCAAGUUCACGAAAACUUUCCCUGGAUGUCUUUUGCCGAUCUAUAUACCUUUGCUGGAUGUGUAGCAGUUGAGGCCCUUGGUGGUCCAAAAAUUGAAUGGAAGCCAGGAAGGACAGACUGUCCCGAUACCGUUAAAGUUCCCCCUAUGGGAAGACUACCAUUGGCAACGCUUGACUGGAAGCAUAUACAAGAUGUUUUUUAUACCCAUUUAGGGUUCAAUGCUCAAGAAACAGUUGCUCUUAUUGGUGGAGGUCAUGGAAUUGGAGGCUGCCAUGCGAGAUACAGUGGAUUUAAUGGUAUAUGGACCAAAGCGCCAUUUAAAUGGGAUAAUGAUUUUUUCAAAGUGUUGUUGGAUGAGAAUUGGAGUUUGGGAGUUGUUCCUGAAACUGGGAUUGAACAGUAUUACAACGAUGAUAAAUCUUUGAUGAUGUUGAACACCGAUAUUGAAUUGCUCAGGUGCCCAGAAUUUAAAAGAUGGGUUGAAAUUUUUGCCAAUGACGAAGACUAUUUCAACGAACAGUUUGCUUUAGCAUUUGCCAAGCUACUUGAAUUAGGAGUCCUAAGAGAUGAAGAUGGUGUACAAAGAGUGAAAGUCUGA